CCGUUGCGGAAGUGCCGGUAUUCAAACGCUGAAGCUGGUCAGCGUUGUGAAGUUACGAGUGCAGUGUUCAGGGUUCAUCUCCAUCCAGGAGCAUGCAGCAGUGGUGCCUUGAUGAAGAUGUCUACACAUAAACGAUGAGCUUCAAAUUGCUGUUCCUGUGGCUCCUUUACUUUGUGCAGGGGUUGCCACAUGGUCUUCAGUCCUCUCUGCUACCUGUUUACCUACGGACUUCAGGUCUCUCCUUGACCAGCAUAAGCCUGACUAAGGCCCUCUACUUCCCAUGGAUACUCAAAGUACUCUGGGCACCUCUUGUGGACCAGGCAGGCACCAAGAAGAUAUGGCUGGUGGCUAGUAUGUCUGGACUGGCUUUGACAUGCCUGGCAAGUUCCAUACUUUCUCCUGAUGCACACUUUUCCAUGAUUGGCAUGGUGCUGCUGGCCAUGAACUUCCUGGCAUCUGUGCAGGACAUUGCUGUGGAUGGCGUUGCGGUUCAGCUGCUGCAGCAGCAAGAGGAGGUGGGUUAUGGCAACAUGGUGCAAGUUGUAGGGUACAAGAUGGGCUCAGUGCUGGCAGGGGGAGGGCUGCUGGCAGUCAUGGAUAUCAUUGGCUGGAGCUCACUUUUUGUUGCACUGGGUUGUGUGUACUCUGCUGUCACACUAUAUGUGAUGAAGACACCCAUUUUAAGCAAACAUCCAAAGAGCCAAAGUGCCAAAAGGAAAUGCCAUCUUGGGGGUAUGAACCCGUGGAGAGUCUGGAGGGAACUGCUGAUUGUGCCUGGCACAACAUGGACUGUCAUUUAUGUCCUCAUUUACAAGUUAGGAGAGCAAGGUGCUGUGACCAUGUUUCCCCUCUUUCUCUUGGACCAUCACAUGAGUGCCCGAGAGCUUGGGAUUUGGAACGGCAUGGUGGCCAUGGGCUUCUCCGUGUUGGGCUCGUCCCUCGCAGGCUUGCUGCUCGCCUGGUACAGUAUCGGAUACCUGAUGAGGAGCGCCUUUGUGCUGCGAAUGUUCAGCAUGGCCUUCCAGACCAGCCUCCUGCUCUUCCUCAGCCACUCCUCCCUGGUGAAAGGUGCUGCCAUACUGAGUUUAUGCAUCCAGCAUUUUCUUGGUGGACUCAUUACCACGCUCACCUUCACCACCAUGAUGAAGUGCACCCAGAGAGCUGAGGAGAGCAUCCAGGCCACACACUACAGUUUCCUGGCAACACUGGAGGUACUGGGGAAGCUGACGUUCAGUGCCCUGGCAGGAUGGUUGGUGGAUUGGGUGGGCUUCCCCGUCAGCUUCCUUUUCUUCCUUCUGCUCUCAGCCGCCGCCACGCUCCAUGUCUACAGGGCCACGGAGAAGGGCGAGCUGAACCAGCAGCCUGGGUGAUGUGGCCAGAGGCGGCGGCUGCACAAGGAGCGCUCCACUUGCUGGGAGCUGCAGAGUCCCUGUGAAGCUUUGUGCGUAUUGAUAUCGCCGUAUAAGCCCCAUAUGGAAUAAAUAUACCUGUCUUAAGAGUUUGCCGCAGCGUGGUUUGUGUUCCUGGAGUUGUUUGGAGUUCAGCGGGUGACUUGGAGUUUUAUUGUGUGUUUAAUGCUUUAUGUUUGAGAAGACAGGGAGAAGGGCCCUCUGCUGAAUGUUGAUCCUCAGGCUCUGGCGGAAGAUUUGCGCAUGUCACUGAAGGGGUGCCAGCUCUCCAGCCUGGCCUGUGCUCUCCGCCUGGCACCUCCUGAGGCAACGUUUGCCCUGAAGGGGGGCCUGCAGGCUACACACCACAUGGUUUCCCCUCAGUCAGCAACAACACAAAAUACAUCAGCUGAGGAUGUGAUAUCUGUCCUAGAGCUCAUUAUCCAUUAACCAGUUCCUUGGUUGAGCUCCAGGCCUAAGGAGUGUGAGUUAGAGCGGGGUUGGUGUUCAGCUUGCCUAUUCAGUACUGAUAAUGUAAUAAAGUAUACUUGUUGGGUGUAAUAUUCCUCUUGGACAGAUAUCGUCACCGUAUGACUCAGCCAAAGUUUGUGUACACCACUUAGACUUUUUUUAAAUUUUUUUUCUGCUGUUUCUUUUAAUAAAACAGUCUAAUUUGAACAGUUAUGAUAUAAAAAAAUAAUAUAUAUUAGCACGUAAUAAAACACCAGAUUAAAGUUAUCACUCAACUCGACAAUUGUUUUGCUCUGGACACUUCUGCUGUGAGGUUGUGGAAUUGAUUUAUGCUUCGUUUUUAAAUUCGCUACAGUGUAAGGGAAAGUAUUUUGCAUGUUUUUGUUCCUGUUUAUGCCUCUGAACUGUGAGGCCAAAACAGAAGUAGUCUUUUCAGUAUUUGAGUCUAUAUUGAGCAAUCGCCACAUCACAGAAUGGCAUAAACAGGCAGGUAAUUCACUCCGAAGCUGCCAAACCUGUGAUUGAAUACUGAGGUCACGAGGCAUGUCACAAUAAUGGCUAGCGGAAGAAAAGACAAAACGAGCUAAUCUCUGAUAAAUGGAUUAAUAGACACAUUGAAAGAGAUUGGACUGAAAUCAGAUUUUUUUAUUUUUUUUCCCCCCCUCUCUACCAUGUCUUCAAAGUGAGGUAUUUGGUUUCCAUUGUGGAAGUGCAGGAACUGCAACAUGUUUCCAUCUCUGCAAACAAAAGUGUUUUGUCAGUGCCCAGAGGAGAAGGUGUCAGUUUUUGACUUGGCUUUGUGUUCAAGCCCUGCAGAAAGGCCCGCUGGAGCUUUGUCUUUAUGGGAAACGUUAACCGGUGGUGCUGGGUGACGGCCGCACUCGGGCAUUGGGUAUCUACGCUUCCUUUUCUGAUAUUCACUGCUUUGUCUGCAUGGAGAGAAAGAAACAUCGGCACAUCUCCAGAUGAGAUCUGUUUUCAUGUUCUGUCCUUCUCAUCUCCUCAUCUUUUCCUUUGUUUUUUUCUUCUUCCCUUUGUUUUCUGUUUCAUUUUCCAGUACAGAUGCCUUUCCCCAACAUUAUUUAAAACACCAGCAAAGUCACUCGAUGCGCUGUUUAUUGGCGUUGGGCGCAUUGUUCCACCUUUGAGGAGAUGCACGGUUUGUCACUGUAGCUCAUUGUGUCAGGGCAAAUUCUGACAAGACGGCUGCUUUUCUUCCCC